CAGGCAGUUUACACUGAAGCUUGUGCCGGUGCAGAGAGAGAAAGAAAUAUUCUGUAUCUGCUAUUCUGGACAAUAUCCAUUCGUCAGAUCACAAUGUAGUCCAUCACUCAAACACUAUCAGUGGAUCUGUUUACAAGUUUGGUUCUUGGAGCAACGCUGGAUGGACCGGACUGCCAUCAUGUGUGCUAUAAGUGUAGUACCUCACACAUGAUUGUUCACUGCAGCAGCCGGCACAGAAAUCCACAGGAUUGAAUGUUAGAGAGGCGAUAUGAGGAGAGGACGCAAAAAAGGAGGAAGUCGGGAGAAGGUGUUCGGAUGCGACCUGCUAGAACAUCUGACCUCCACCAUGCAAGAGAUUCCUCAAGUAUUACGCAGCUGUAGUGAAUUCAUCGAGGAACAUGGAGUCGUUGACGGGAUUUACAGACUGUCGGGAGUUUCCUCAAACACACAGAAAUUAAGAUCUGAGUUUGAUUCUGAAGGAACUCCGGACUUCUGUAAGGAUGUUUAUCUGCAGGAUAUUCACUGUGUCAGUUCUGUAUGUAAAGCGUACUUCAGAGAACUGCCCAACCCUCUGCUCACAUAUGAACUCUACGAUCACUUUGCCGAUGCCGUGGCUGUUCAACUGGAAGAUGAGCGACUGGUGAAGAUUAAAGAGGUGCUGAAGGAUCUACCUCUCCCUCACUACAGGACUCUGGAGUUUUUGAUGCGACAUCUAGUCAAGAUGUCCACACACGCUUCUCAAACCAACAUGCACACCAGAAACCUCGCCAUCGUUUGGGCCCCAAACCUCCUCAAGGUAUCGAAGGACAUCGAGUCGACCGGUUUUAAUGGCACAGCAGCGUUCAUGGAGGUGCGAGUUCAGUCCAUCGUGGUCGAGUUUAUUCUCACCCAUGUGACCGAGCUCUUCCCUGGAACAGGAUUGGUGAUGGAGCGCAGGAAGUCCCUCCCCUCACCCUCGGUGCUGUCCAAACAGGAUGAAAAGUUUUUCAAGUCCCUCCCCUUACAUUGUUCAGGAAACCUCAGCCCUGGUGAUGGGCCACCGCUCAUGCGACCGUACCACGCUAUCAUUGACGGCACUGACAAGAGGAAGGGUUCCCUCAAAGGCAGAAAGUGGAUGUCUAUCUUUAAUUUGGGUGGGAGACUGCACGACCCACGCAAGAAGAGCAAAUACUGUGCUAAAGAUAAAGAGAAGACGAAGCUGCGGCCGGCGAAAAGUAUGGACUCGCUGAGCUCAGGGCCGUAUGCGGUGGACGAUUCUCAGAAGCACCCUCAAACUCUUCCUCUGGUCCUGUCCGUGGCCUCGGGCAGCUCGGAGGGCGUGUCUUCUGUCGGUGGGGGCGUGUCUAGUGGUUAUGCGGUGACUUACAGGCGCACGGGCGGGGCACAGGUGAGCAUGGUGAGUGGAGGGACCUCAGGUACUUACAAUCGUCUGGAUUCCGGAGGCGGAGCCAUCGGAGGGGAGGGGCCAUCGCAGGGCGUGUCCAGGUCACCGGCCGUGACGAGCAAAGCGGACCGGCGUGCUGGUAUCCACAUCUCAGGACCCUUCUCGGUGACGGUUCCCCUUCACAUUACGUCAGGUUUGGCUUUGGGUGUUCUACAGGGGGGCUGGAAUGAGAAGGAAGAAGAGCGUGAGGAAGAUCAACCAGAAACAGAGGAAGAGAGGACGUCCGCAGAUGGGGAUUCACGAACGGAGAGAAGGAAUAGUGAUGUUGAAGAAAGUAGAGGAGACAGCAAAAGCCACAUGGACAGUCAGGAUGUAGCAGCGGUCACAGGAAAGGAGAACGCUAUGCCGGAGGAGCGAGACAUAUCCAGCACCAGAGGAGCAGAGAAGGGGACCAUGAAGGCAAUCGUAGAAGAUGCAGAGCCACAGAACGAAACGGAGACGGUCGAGGAGGAUUACAUUGACAUGAGAGGUCACCUGAACUAUCCACUGCCCUCCGUCUAUGUGGAGUGUCCUGAUCAGGAUUUCCCACUGGAUUUCCAGGAAGCCUUCGGGUUCCUCGAUUUGAUGGACAGCAGUGCAUCAAACCAGGUGGAGUUUUCCGUAGAGCCACCCUGUUUUGAAGAGGAAGAUGAGGAAGAGGAGGAUGAAAACAAGGACAGUCAGGCUCUCUACUAUGCAUUGCAAAACCACAGUAAUGACUUUAAAGCUCCUGCAGCCAAAAGCAUCAGUCCGACGUUCACACGUUCGCCUCUACCUGGCAAAUCACAUAGCUUACCUUAUAAGUCCCGCCCCUUCAUGCCCGCCCUGUCAUUAUCCUCGGAUGAAGAAUACAGCCCCGUUGAUGAUGAAGAUGAUGAUGAUUCUGAUAAAGGAUCUGAAUACGAGGACAUGUUUUGUCAAAGUCUACCCUCAAGUCGUGAUUUUCAAGGUCUUUCCUGGUCAUGUCCACAAACAUCCGCCUCCACAAACAGUGAGGUUGAUGUUCACUCGAGCAACCAAUCAGAAUGCUUAGAUGAAGCACACAGAAUACAUCUUCCAGAGAGCGGGAAAGAUGCGCAAUCCAUCAGCCAAUCAGAAGACGUGAUUCUUACAGCUACCACAAUGUUAGAUGACAGCGAAGAGCAUCUCAGCUCAGACGUGACAAAGAUGAUCAAUCCUCAGAUGGAUGAAGAGAGAGAAUCAGAGGAUGUGAAGGAUGAUAUGCACGCUUUAACGGUAGAAGACAACCCAGAAAGUGAGGCCAGUGAAGAGGACACAUAUUUUGGACCGGACUCGACACCGUCUUCGCCAGAGCCCAACCAGUCUGAGACCAGCAUCACUGUCCACGAUGAGCCAAUCCCAGGACAGUUUCCAGAUGUAGAGACUCAACCGAUGCUGGAUGCAGACGGUUACCAAGACAACACGGCGAGUGAUGUCAUAACCACUGGCGACCUCACCGCCACGGACUCCGCUUCAUCGGCUACUCAAGAUGAAGUGAUGACAGAUCCACCGCCAGAGGAGGAAAAAACGGUUUUGGGCGACUGUAAGAUGAAUGAGGAGAUGAGGAGAUCAGAAGAAGAUGAAACGGAGGAACAGAAGAAGACAGAGGAAGCUACGGAAGAAGGGACGAAUAUAUUGGAGCUAAAAACGACAGAACGUGACGAAAAAUGGCGAGAAAAUGAAGAGGAAAAAGCUCAAGAGAUGGAAGAGUUUGCACCCUUCGAUGAAGUGGUUCAAGAUGCACCUGUAGAAGGAUGCAGUGAUGAAAAAGUAGAACAAGAACGAAACGAUUUAGAGGAAGACGACGGAGAAAAGACAAGCAACGUCGGAGGUUCUGAGGAGGACGCCAACGAUCAAUCAGACAUAGUUAUGGGACGUUUGUCUCACGAAGAGAUAUUUGAAGAAAAAGAGGAUGACUCAAACAGAGGUGACCUCGAACAGUCCACAUUCAAGCAUCAACCAGACGAGGCUCCAUGUGGAAAAAUGGACAAGAAGAUGGAAGAGGAGGCAGUGAUCCAAGACGUCGGGUUGCCACAGAGUCUCGUCCCAGAGCUGGCGAGGGCGUCAAGCGCUCCCAACGAUUCUUCAUGUCAAGUGGCAUAUCAGGCGAAAGCCGUACCUGUCGUCCCACCCAAACCACAAAACUCCAAACUCACCACGUUCACCCUCAGACAACACCACCAACAUUCCCAGUUAAUGGACAUGGAUGGGCCACACGUCAAUCCGGACGAAAUGGACAAACAGUACGCGGACAGCGACAACAAACAGAGAGAAAACGAAAAAGAAGGGCAAACGUAUGAAACCGCAGAGAACUGUAAGAAACAGUCGAAGGAAACCGUUGUGGCUGGGAUGAGUCGGGACGAUGGGACAAAGCAAGAGAGGGAUAGGCCGGUGACUUGGGAUGGUGGCAUCGAUUGGAGGGAAGAUGUCGUCAGGGAAACGGAGAGAGAGGUGAAGAGGAACAGCGCUGCCAGCGUGUGUUUUGAUGAAGCCGUCGCUCGUGCCACAGUGAAGAGGAGCAGGGAGAGAGAAAACACAGACAGAGUAUCAGGAGUUCAGAGGGACCGAGAGAACAGAAGAGACGGAUCCAAAAACAGAGAGAAAGAGGACGAGAACAAAACUGACUAACAUAAACGAGGGGCGCAUGUAUGUGUCGACUAUUGUGUGCAAAGAACGGCAAGCAACGAGUGCACUCAUAUUCGACUUAACGUCCAGUACCAAUCCCAGUGUUAUCAUGAAUCAAAAGGGUUUUUAAUUAAAAUAAUCAUAGCCUGCCUUUCUGGCUUGUUCUGUCGCAAUAUUCAUACAGUCACCCUAACGAACUAUUCAUCUGAAGUACGAGUAUUCAUUCAUUAUUUAAUCAAUGCUGUUCAUUUUCAGCCAGAUUGUCAAAGUUGUAGCGGUUUAAUGUAAUGAUCAUUGUAAUGUUUGUAAUAAAUGUUAAAGGAAUAUUUUGGGUUCGAUACAAGUGAAGCUCAGUCAAUGGGGUCAAUGGGGUCAAUGGAAGUCAAUGGAAGUCAACAGAAGUCAGUGGAGGUCAACGGGGUCAAUGGAAGUCAAUGGAAGUCAACAGAAGUCAAUGGGGUCAAUGGGGUCAAUGGAAGUCAACAGAAGUCAAUGGAGGUCAACGGGGUCAAUGUAAGUCAAUGUAAGUCAAUGGGGGUCAAUGGGGGUCAAUGGAAGUUAAUGGAAGUUAAUGGAAGUCAAUGUAAGUCAAUGUAAGUCAAUGGGGGUCAAUGGAGGUCAAUGGGGUUAAUGGAAGUCAAUGGAGGUCAAUGGUCGUCAAUGGGGUCAAUGGAAGUUAAUGGAAGUUAAUGGAGGUCAAUGAUGGUCAAUGGGGUCAAUGGAAGUUAAUGGAAGUUAAUGGAAGUCAAUGGGGUCAAUGGAAGUCAAUAUAGGUCAAUGGGGGUCAACGGGGUCAAUGAAAGUCAAUGGAAGUCAAUGGGGUCAAUGGAAGUCAAUGGGGUCAAUGGAAGUUAAUGGGGUCAAUGGAAGUUAAUGGAAGUCAGUGGAAGUCAAUGGGGUCAAUGGAAGUCAAUGGAAGUUAAUGGAAGUCAAUGCAAGUCAAUGGGGGUCAAUGGAGGUCAAUGGCGUUAAUGGAAGUCAAUGGAGGUCAAUGGUCGUCAAUGGGGUCAAUGGAAGUUAAUGGAAGUUAAUGGAGGUCAAUGAUGGUCAGUGGGGUCAAUGGAAGUUAAUGGAAGUUAAUGGAAGUCAAUGGGGUCAAUGGAAGUCAAUAUAGGUCAAUGGGGGUCAACGGGGUCAAUGAAAGUCAAUGGGGUCAAUGGAAGUCAAUGGGGUCAAUGGAAGUCAAGGUCAAUGGAAGUCAAUGGAAGUCAAUGGGGUCAAUGGAAGUCAAUGGGGUCAAUGGAAGUCAAUGGGGUCAAUAUUUGGAGGGUUUAAAGGAAGAAAUGUGACGCUUAUAAUUUUAUAAAAGCACUUACAUUCAUUCUAUUAAAACUCAUGUAUUAUUUGAACUGUAAUUUGAUUUUAAAUCAGUGUUUUUAGGGCUGUUUUAGGGUUUAAGUGCUACAUAGUCAUGGCAAUGAAGUUGUAAAAUUGUCUUUAUCUCUCCACAGAUGUGGUCAGUGCGUGAUUUAAUGACAGUAAAAUCAUGUUCACACACAUAUUGUUUAUGUCUUGUGUCUAUACUUGUGAAACAGUAUUUUAAUGUUUACAGAUUAAACCCCAUUGACUUGCAUUGGAAGUGUCUCAUUGGAACACACAUUUGUGCCACAAACACUGUUGAUUGAGCUUCACUUGUAUUGAACCCGGAAUACUCCUUUAAUGCAUUAAACGGGACAUAAAAGGGGCAACUCAGGGAACAAAUACAAUAAUAAAUAGGAUGCAAUCCUUUAUGACAGACAAUCUGUUUCUGUUGUUGAAUACAUUAUGCCCACACGUUAUGCCUUAUCAAUUCAAUAAA